UCUGUACUUGUUCUCUGUUUUCUGUUCGCCCACCACAAAAUGCGUCCAGAUAAAAAAUACAUUUGCCACUUAAUCAAAGUAUUUCUAAUAUUUCACGUGCAUUGUAAUCUUGAGUUAUGGCAGUCACGUCAGAACAAAAUACAAGGAAAGUAGACCUCCUCUGAAUUCCUAAGGUAGCUGCAUAAUACACGCUACCUUUCUGAAUCUAUUAGCGCGAAUUUGCUGUAAAUGAUUCAUGUUAGCGUUGGUGUAUGAUAAAUGUUAAUCGCGUAGGACACGAUUAGAAACAGGAUAUCCAUUUUCACGAUGUUCAGCCACGUGUCUGCGAUGGAAUAGAAUACGAGAGAAGGCAUUGAUCGAUCGAACAGCGUUUACGGUUUCAGAGAUCGAACGAUGAUAGCCAUCGACUGGACCUAUCAUGAAUCGUAAACGAUCGGAGAACGGCACGAGGAGCGGAUAUCAGGAUGCGCCGCGCACUAUCGGUCAUUUCCUUUGGAAUGAUUCUCGUCGCAGCUUCCUCGCCCGGGGAACAACGUACGGCCAGAAACAUUUUCGGGCAAUGUAUUCUCCCGCUCGGCAUGGAGGAGGGAAAGAUUCCGGAUGACGCGAUCACCGCAUCCUCCAGUUACGAGACUAAAUCGGUGGGCCCUCAAAACGCGAGGAUCCGACAGGAGAAAAACGGAGGCGCUUGGUGCCCAAAGGCUCAGAUCAGCAGUGCGAUAAGAGAGUACUUGGAAAUUGAUUUGACACGAAACCACUUGAUCGCUUGGACCGAGACUCAAGGACGAUUCGGAAAUGGUCAAGGUCAAGAAUACGCGGAGGCCUUUUUCCUGGAGUAUUGGCGCGACUCGAAGUGGCAUCAGUAUAAGAACUUGAGGGGUGACAGAGUGCUACGAGGCAACAGUAACACCUACUUAGUAGAGAAACAAAAACUGGAUCUGCCGUUCGUGGCCAGCAGAGUGCGAUUCGUGCCCUACAGCCUGCACCCGCGCACCGUUUGCAUGAGAGUCGAGAUCUACGGCUGCGUGUGGGAACAAUACGUGACGAGAUACAGCGCGCCGAAGGGAUCGAACCUGGGUCCCGGGGGAUGCAAUAUUCAAGAUUCAUCGUACGACGGCGUUGAACGAGAUUCUCUUCUGGUGGAUGGCCUAGGGCAGUUGACGGAUGGAAUUUUAGGAGAAGCUUCAGAGAUUUUUGACUGUUCGAUGAGUGGUACGAAUUGGGUGGGUUGGUCCGAACGCGACAGUGUCGAACUGGUGUUUCAGUUUCAAGAGCCACGGGAAUUUCAUGAUUGCUCUGUGCACGUCGCUCGUCUACCGGAAAUGGAAGUCGAGCCGUUCUCAACGUUGAGAGUUUGGGUGUCUCCUGAUGGCGAGAACUAUCCGCCAGAUCCAGAGAAGCUAGAGUUGACGUCGAUCGACUCGAACUCGUCCACUGGUGGCACCGUUUUGGCGUCGAUCUCCUUGCGAUCCAAAAUCGGGCGAUUCGUGAAAAUGGAAUUCAGUCUGAGUCAGACGAAGUGGUUGCUCCUCAGCGAAGUUAAUUUCCACACUGCACCGGAUGGUAAGAAUCGGUCAAACGAUUCCUACUCCAUCGAUCGCCCGUUUCGAAGCAAUGAAAAUCAGAGCGAAUCACGGUCGAGGAAAACGGAGCUCGAGAUAUCGGGCUCCAACGAAACAGAGAUCUUCGAGAUACGAGAGGAGGACUUGGCACCAGACGCCUUCCCUGUUGGCACGUCGCAAACUUACAUCGGCCUAGUCAGCGGCUCACUAACUGUCAUCGUCCUCUUUCUGACUUGCAUGACUUUCCUGAUCAAGCAGCGGGGUCGUAAUAAGGUGGCGCUGUUGCAAAAGCACACGGCCCUUCUCUGCGACUCGUCCACUCCUGGCAUCGCGAUCGCGCCGAAGGACGUUAAGCUUUCGAAUGGUUUGUCGCUCGUUCGCAAACCGAUUACUGUCCUCGGCUCCAACGAUUCGCAGGAUGCUCAGAAUCCUCGUGAUGUCGCUUUCAACGAUCGCCGGCCUUCCACCGUUUAUGAAACCACUCGUUAUGAUCCUUUCUCCCAGGACGACGUUCUCGUACCUGAGUCGAGCGCGAACGCUGUUGCGAACGAACGAACCGAAUCCUGCUCUGACUUCAAUCGCAAAUGCAGCUUCACGAGAAACAAAGCGGAAUUCACGAUGCCGACUGCGACGAGCUACCCGUCGAAAAAUCCGUUCCACUUCCACUCUACGGGGAAAACUAAUCAAAAAGUGCAUGAAGGAUAUUACGCGGCAACGGAUAUUUUAACGAUAAAGAAACGAGAAUCGACAUCGUCAAUCUCGAGUCCGUUUACAUCACUCUGCAUUCGCGAGAAGAGCGUGCGUCUACCGCGUACGAUCGAUCCGUGCGAGGUUCGCCGUGUUUCCAGGCACAGAUUGAGGAUCCUGGAUAAGCUCGGAGAAGGGAACUUUGGUUUGGUGCAUCUGUGCGAAGCAAAAGGAAUCGCGAGCGUAGACAGAGGAACCAUUUUCGAAAAUCGGCAGACCGUGAUAGUCAGAUCUCUGUGGCGAGGCGUCGUUGACUCUUUGAGGUUAGACUUUACGAAAGACAUGCGGAUCUUAGCGACGUUACGACAUACGAACGUGGCGAAGAUGAUAGCGCUGGUGGAAGAGGAACCCUUCGGGGCAGUAUUCGAGUACGGUCAAUUCGGAGAUCUCCACAGCUUUCUACGGUGUCGCGAUAGUGAAGUCGGUAACGAAAACGAUCUCAGUUACGGCGAUCGCUUGAGUUUCAUUAUCCAGAUCGCAUCCGGUAUGAAGUACUUAGAGUCCUUGAACAUCCCGCACUGCGACUUAGCGGCAAGGAAUUGCAUCGUUUCUCAAAAUCUAACGAUAAAGGUGUCCGAUCACGCAAUGUUCUGCACCAAAUACAAUCAUCAGUAUUUCGUGGAUGGGAGCAACGCGAAAAUUCCUCUUCGUUGGAUGGCCUGGGAGGCGGUUUUGCUGGUAAGUGAACUUACAAUAAAUAUCUCUUACGAUCCACUCUUAUACGCUUUCUCUUCUCUUCAGAACAAGCGUAGCUGUCGAGCGGAUGUCUGGUCGUUCGCCGUGACAGUCUGGGAGAUUUGCAUGGACUGCAAAGAGACCCCGUACGCGGAAUUAACCUCGGAACAGGUAUUGGAGAACUGCGGUCGCUGGUAUCAAAGCGAAUCGCGUACCAGCAGAGGAAGCAGCGAGGAUGUAUGCGACGGGGAAGAUAAUCGUAUCAAGAAAGAAGAAAAUCGGCCUCGAGUUCUUUCGCGACCUCCGCAUUGUUCGGACGAUCUCUACCGCGUAAUGAACAAAUGUUGGAGCAAGCGAUCCGAGAACAGACCCAGCUUCGAGGAAAUUUAUCUCUACCUUGAGAGAUUAGCCCUUGAUUGAACGCUGAAAAUACUCAUGGUCGAGUAGCACGGACCAAAUCUAUUACAAUCAGCUAAGAAGCAUCCUGUGCGUAAAAUUCGUUUUCAUCGUUCUACGCUCAUUCGUCUCGUUUUCCUGCUAACCGCCUCGUUCGUUUCGCGACGAUCGACUCCAGGAUGCUCUCUGGCCAUUAACUCGUAAUGCUCAAUUAGGUUUAUACUCGAAUCAAUUUUUACGCGUUAGAAGUACGAUAUAAAUUUGUGCGCGCGCCUGCACUCGAUCGCCCUCUACGUAACAGAGAGGCGCGCGCGAAACCAAAGUUUAGAAAAGUAUUCUAUUCUGUUCGGACAACCAGAUUAAUUACGGCGGUCGGUGCAAUCAAAAUCUGUCGGAAUUGUUUUUACUUCGGGACUGUCGUUUACUUUACAGCUAUCGUAACGUGUUUUGCGAGCUUCCUCUUCGUCCUUGAUCAGUGAGUAGAAUACGCUUCUAAAGUUUGGCCAUCCUUUCCUGCGUGUAAUUCGUACAAGCGCAUACGAAGUCGCACGCAUACACGUUACCUAAAACGUAGGUUUAUCGCGAUCGCGAAACGCAGUUUCUUUUUAUAAAAGAUCGUAUUCUCGUACUCUCGUAUUCUCAUAUUCUCGUAUUCUUGUCUUCUCGUCUAUCGUUUAACGAUUAUCCGAACGAAGGGAUUCGCUCGUCGAAGAACGAUAACGUCGUUGAUCGACGAUCGGCUGCGUUUAUAUUUUGUGGGAUUGGAAUUCAACGCGCGAUCACGGUUAUUCGGAUGCGAGUAUCGUCGACGCGGAAAUUAAAAAGAAAGGGAAUCGUCCGGUAGAAUUUUCGUUAACGACGAUCAAUCAUUCGACGAUACUCGCUCUAAUUUAGAAUGUACGACGCGUUAGUUAAAUAAGAUUUAUCCUGGUAUCAUUGCGAGUACUUACCAUGCAACGAAGAAAUUACGCGGCUCCGUGCAAACCUAGGAGUUUUUCCGCUACGUUCUAAUGUUUCGACUAACAGUAAGCAUUCGUUUUCAUCGAAAUAUACGCUAUAUUUGUAACUAAGCGUUAGCCGAUAAGUUUGCGCGCGUUACUACUAACAAAACGGGACAAUCACGCGAUUUCACGAACGUUGUUUCGUAAAGGACGCGGUACGCGGUACGCGUUAUCCGAAGGAAUAAUUAUCGAUCGAUUUGCCAAACGCUCGUGCCAAAGCGGUCGUAUUCGCCAAACAUUCCUAACAUUGUACGGGUAGUAUCCUACCGCGAGACGCGCCACGUUUGGUCUUCACGAUUUACACGUUUGCGCUCGCGUGCAAAUCGAUCGCGUUCGCCGUUGGUAUCGCGCGUACCUUUCCAUCGAACAAUUUUUCUAGAUAACUGCGGUUGCGGUUCAUCGAAAUUUGUAAUACGAAUCAUACGUAUCUCAGUAAAAAUUAUAUUCUUCAUAUUUCCAACGUUACGGUGAAUAAAAAUUGUUAUAUACUA